CAGUUUAAAAUACAAACUGAAAACUGAUACUUUUGUAGUUAUAAACAAUAUUUACAUGUUUAAAAAUAAGAAAAAGCUUGCGGUCACUUACGACACGGAUUAUUGUAAUUUUUCAGUUAUCUAGUUGCUUCCACCACCUUGUGAAUUGCUAAAAAUGAGCCGGAAAAGACAAACUUCGCUGAGCGAAAACUCGGAAAUUAGCCAAAAGAGAUCAAGAAAUCCUGAGGUAACUUAUCUUCAGAAAACCUUAGAGGAAAGUGGACUUAUCUUAAAAGAUCCACCCGAAAAAAAUAUAGCGAAACUCGAAACAAUUUAUCUAAUACGUAACAUUAAAAAGAAUCUUCAAAAGCAUUUUGAUUACCCCAGAAAUGCUUCAGAGUUCAUUGGAGAUUUGACUAAAAAGUGUGAAGAUCUCGUGACUUUUAAACAUUACUUAUUUCCGAAUGUUGUAAAACUUGUAGAUAAUGGUUUAAGUGAACAUUUGAUUAAUGACAGUGUAUUGAAGAUAUUACUUGGUGUGCCAAUACUGCAGCACAAGUUAAUAGAUUAUGUAUUUACAAAGGCCACUGAUUUGGCUGUUGAAUCAAAUUGCCUGCCUUGGAUACAAAUGAUUUUAAAAUGUAUCUCAUCUUUAGACUGCAUAGUUAACAGUGAAGCAAUGGCUACACAUCUUAUUGAUUUGCUAGAAAUUUCUACAGAAAAAAUGGUACGCCUUGAGAUAAUAACAUCCAUUCCUGAUAUUUUAGGUGAUCAAGAACAUAAUAAUGUAGCAAUUGAGUUAUGUAGAAUAUUAAGGCAGGAUCAUGAUCUGAUACCUGCUGUUCUGGAUUGUGUUUCAAAUCUUUGUCUCUCUGAUGAGCAGUAUGAACAAAUUCAAGAGAAAACUUUAAACAUUCUGCUCAGUUUGUCUAAAUGCAGUUACUUCCCAUGUUUUGUUAAAGUUCUACUUAUGCGUGGUAGAAUGAAUGAAAGUGGGUACUUAAAAGCUGUACAAGGAUUAAGGAACGCUAUAAGUUGGCCUACAACAUUGGCAACCCUUCAAGAGAUUGCUUCAAGUCAAGUACUUACCGCAAAUGCUAUUAGGAAUUCUAUGGUAUCAUGUAAGCUGAUAUCUAAUGCAUGGUUAAAGGUUAUCACAAAUUGUAAAAUAAGUACAGAUCACAAACCAUUUGAUUUUAUUAUUGUCCUUAUUUUAUAUUCAACUUCUGAAGAGAGACAAAAGCAAUUGGAAAUUCUAUUGAAGAAACAAAUCAAGUUAAACAUUAUGAAGGAGAAUUUAUUAGAUGAUGUAUUUGAGAAAUACAAACCAAUUUUAAUAAAUUAUCUUAAAGACUUGAUUGGUUUGACAAAUACUUUUCUUAAAUCUAAAGCAGAUCCCAUUGUACAGUCAUUUGCUUCUCACAUUUAUAUGUUGAUGUUAUCACAUUUUGAUGAAUAUUGUCAAACUAUUGUUGCUGAGCUUCUUCAGUUAGGUUUGUAUUGUAAGACGAUUCUUAUAAAUAUACUUGAAAUAUUGAACAAUGUUGCCACCAAAGAUAUAUCAUUGCUAAAGCCGCAGUGCUUACAAAUGCUUACAUUGCUAGACAGAAUGGAUGAUAUGUCAUUAGGAGAAAUACGAUCAGUGAUGAAUUUGAUUUGUGCCCUCGCAUACAAGUGUGAGAACUCCCUUAUUCGCGAUGAUAUUCACAUGAUUAUAAGAAAAGAACUAGGCAGCUCCAACCCAUCAAUAAAAACACAAGGAAUCCUUGCUGGUGUUCAUGCUGUGAAAUAUCUGAUGACAAGUGGUUAUAAUGAAGAUGAUACAUCACAAUUAACCAAUAAUAUCAGUUAUACAUCAUUUUCUCAUAUAUCAGAAGUUGAUCUUCGAGAAGCUGUCCAAGUUAUUGAACUAAUGAAUCGCAGCACCCAACAUUUUCCUGAAAUGAUAGCUUUUUACUAUGAUGAAUUGUGUUCUAUCAUCAGUUCUGUAGAUCAUAUUAACAGAAAGUUUUUGGCAUGGUUGACUGAUGCAGUUACCAAUGAUUUAGAAAAAAAUUUUAUUGUUGAUUCUAUUGAGGUAGAAAGAAUAGGUGAAAUAAAGUUAUCAAUGCAGUACUCUUUGUUAGUGGAGAGUGAUGUCGACCAAUUAAUAGCUAUUAAUAUUGCUGGAUUAGCACUUAAUAAUAAAGGGAAUGUUAGUGUUGCCAUUUUAUCUCCAUUGUUCAAACUUGUCCAAACUUUGCGUUUUAAGCAAGAUCAAGGAAAACUCACUAGUAUAGAUGCACUGCUAGGUUGUCCAAUUGUUAUGCCAAAGGUAAAUCUUGAUGAAGUUAAAGAAAUGGAAUUUAAUACAAUUUCUUCUAUUAUAGAUUGUUUACUUUAUUGUGUAAAUUGGUUAAGGGAGCUACUCAAUGCAUUUGCAACACAAACUGAUUUAACUCUUAGAGUACAUAUGUUCAAGAGAAUAGCUAAUAUUGAAGAAAUAGAAGAUUUGAUUGUUAAAAUAUUAGCAAUAUCCAAAAUAUCUUAUAAGCCACCAAAAUAUAUUUUAUUCAGUCAUAAUGUCAGUUGCUCUGGAAAAAAACCUACAACUUCACAGAAAAAACAGAAGUUGAAUGACACAACUUUACCUGAAACUGUACGAUCACAAGUUACUCAGGAACAUGCUUCAGUUAAAAAUCAACUUCAACUUAUGCAAACUUUACCUCUCAGGAAAAUGAAUUUAAAUUUAAUUAAUUUACUAAAUAUUGAUCUUCAAGAGAGUAGAGAAAUGGUAAAGAGUUUACAAUUUUUAUUGAAAUCUAUUAAACAAUACUUGGAAGAAACAUUACUAUCAAAAAUUAAAAGACACACUUUUCUAUCAAAACAAGAAACUAGUAAAGUAUAUGAUGUCAAGAAGGCAGAAGAGUGUGCAAACUCAAUGAACAAUACGCUACCAAAGUUAAUGAACCAUGUGAAUACCAUUACAAGCUACUUGGAUAAAAAUGUUCUUCAAAUGACUGAAAUUGAUUAUUGUAUGAAAACUAUUGAAUACCUAAGCUGCUUAGAGAUUAUUUAUGACAUUCUAACUAUAUAUUUCAAAUGGAUUGGAUUUAAAAACCAGCACAAUACUUUACUCAAGACUUCUUUAAGAACAGUAGCCAGUGCUGAGUCCAAAGAUACAGUGUCAUUAAAAGAUUGUGUCUUAAAUAUUGCCAAAUAUUUACAAAAACAUGAGAAAUAUUGUGUACAAAUUUCAAUAGCUGCUGCAUUACUGGAGUUUCUAAAAGUUUUACAAGAGCAUUGUAAUGAUACACAAUUGUCUAAAAUCUUAAGAAAUGUUGCCUCCAAUUUUCUAUCUACACAAUGGAAAACACCUGAUGGUACAAUAGAGAAAGGGCUUCUGUUCAACCAAAGUAUAGAUAGGCUAGCAAGCACAUUCUUAAUUAAUAACGAAAUUGUGACUCUUAAAACAAUAACGAUGGAACUGGCAGCUGAUAUUCAACAUCUUAAAAGUAAAAAUGACACACUCAGCACAUUUAAAUCCAUCAAUAAAGGGAAUUUUCCUGUUCUCUACAGAAAUUUAGGUAAUGCACUAUGUGAAGUAACAAAGACUCAUUUAAACCAGGGUUUGAGUAAUUCUGAACAUCUAAAUCUUUGGAAAGAUGUGGCUACCAUAAUGAAAUGUAUGUCUGAUAUAUCAAAAAGUCUUGAAAAUAGAAAUAAUUUAUCUGCAUUCUUAAAAAAGUCUAUACCAAUUAUUAAAAUGUUUAUAUCACAAGGUCUACCUAUAAUAGAAGUGGAAUUUAAAAGUAACACUGAAGAAAUAUUGGAAAUUUUGAAACUCCUCCAGCAAUCAACAAGGUUUUUACAAUCUUUAUGCUGUCACUCGAGGUUGAAAAAAGAUACAGUGCUAAUGAGUAAAGUUCCAUAUAUCAGGCAGUUGCUUGAAACUUUAAUCUACAAAGUAAAAGCUGUAUUAGUGGCUAAUAAAUGUUCUAAAGCAUUCUGGUUGGGUUUCCUAAAAAAUAAAAACAUUCAUGGUGAAGUAAUUCAAACACAACAAAGUGAGGAAAGUGAAGACACAGUUGAAGACUGUGAUGAUCAGCUUCCAGAAGAUGAAGAGAUAGACGACAGUGAUGAUGAUAUAUUAGAACCAGAUUCUAAAAGUGUUAGUGACAUAGUUUAGAGAUGUUAUGGAAUAAAAAUCUAAAAAAA